AUGGCGCUUGGCACGCUGUGGUACGUGAAAGAAGCCGUCUACAAGGCCGAGAAGGCCUUGGUGGCCGCCAAGUUUACCGGAGCCUCCCUUGAGAAGAAGGAGUUUGACCCGGCCAAGGACGCAAAGAAGCCCGAUUUCCUUUCGAAGAACCCUUCCGGAAAGGUCCCCUACCUCGAGACACCCUUCGGAGUGCUUUUUUCCUCCAACUCCAUCGCGAGAUAUGUGGCGAAAGCCAGAGAAGACUCGGCGCUGUAUGGCGACAGUUUUGACGAGGAGGGGCAGAUCGACACAUGGAUGGAGUUCGGCAUGCACGAUGUGGAGAUUCCCCUCUUCACCUGGGCCUACCCAGUGAUGGGCCUCAUGGAGGACUCGCCGAACGCCACGAAGGACGCGCAGGCGGAUGUGAAGAAGGCCCUCCAAGUCUUGGAAGAGAGCCUGAAGAAGUCUAGUUUCCUCGUGGGCACCAGCGUGACCCUCGCGGACAUCUGCAUAGUCUGCGCGCUGAAAGAAGGGUUCAAGUACGUCCUGGACCCGGCCACGACGAAGCCUUUCCCGAAGACUUGCGAGUGGUUCGAUCGCUGCUGCGCCAUGCCCCAGUUUAAGUCGAUCUUCGGUGAAGUGAAGAAAUGCCAGAAGAGCGGCUCUCCGACAAAAGUUCUCCCCAGCUUCGCGCCACCAGCGCGGGAUGCUAAGGCGGCCAAGGCAGAACCGAAGGCGAAAAGCGAGCCAAAGGCCAAAGCUGAGCCAAAGGCUGCAGCGGUUAUGAGCGCCCAAGAUGCUACCGCUGGGCAAGUGAAUGGCGCAGCUCCAGCGGUGCCAAAGUUGGUGCCGAUGGAGGAGCCUCCAAGAGGAUCUGGUGAGGGUCCCAGAGAGCGAGCGCCUGCAGAUGAUACUAUGGCAGCGGGGACUGUACCGUUGCCCGUUGCCAGUCACACGGACCAGAUGAACGCAGAGGUGGGAAAUGCUCAGCCUUCUGCGCGGCCGGAGCAGAGUGUGAACCCUACUGAAGAAGUGCAUCAACAAGGUGCGGAUGGUGGUAUUGGUGGUGUUGCGGGGCUACAGACUGGCACGCAAAUCGGUCCACAAUGGGCCGCGAGUACAGUGACGCAGCCGCAGCCUACUGAAGAACAGCCGGGGCAUCUGGAUGCAGAUUUUCAGCGUGAUGAUGUUGAUGGUGGAGGUUUUCAGACUCCACGGCUGGGUGACCAGGCUUGGCGAGUUGUUCAAGCAGCCACCGAUUCCACCGGAGUGGCUGCCGAGUCCGAUUCCUUCGUGGAACUCGCGGAGGAUUGCUACGAGGACCAAGAAGUGAUCCUGAUCUCCGAAGGCCAGGUGUCGGUGUUGGAGUUCGGGAUACUGGGGAAGAAGUUCAAGUACCUGUUCAAAGGAGUGAUCCUUGGAGUUCGUUGUGGGAAGGGAUCUCUGGAAAGCUGGGAGGGGACAGACGGUGAUGAUGAAGUUCCUGAGACAGUCAAAACUUCUAUGAUGAGUUUGCCAGAGCUUGCCGCGCCGGAGGGUGAGAUGAGUGGUUUGAAGUUCCAAGACUGGAUGGUGCAAGUUACAACGGCAAUGCAAGACUUGUCUAUCGGGAAAGUGGUGGGAGAUCGUGAAGAAGGCGGUGACGGAGCUGUAGAUAUGGCAGCGGGGAAGUGGGUGAGAGUGAACGCCCGUUGUUUACGCUGUAUCAACCAGGAGGAGCCGGGGACUCAGAUGAUGAGAUCGUCGCUGCGUAUCGACGCUAGGCCCAGCCUCGAGGACAUCAUGAAGUACCACCAGCACCUGCAAGCCGAGGUGGAGAACAUUGUUGCAUCGAGGCCGGUGUCUUCGGAUGGGCUGGAGGGUGUCGACGUGGAGCCAAGUGUCCCUUUGUACAUUCCUUUGAAGGGAGUCAACAAAGUUCAUCUAGAGCCAGAAGGAGAAGUUUCCCCUGUAGCCGCAGCUGAUGGAGUGCUUCAUGGGCAAUCUGUGCUUUCAUGGGGGGCGCUUUUGCAGGCAGCAGCGAAAGUUGCGGCCGCCUCACCCGUUGAGCCGAAAGCCCCAACGAUGAAAGUGCUAUCGCUGAGCCCUCCCAGAGCAGAAGCAGUGGAUGGAUCGCAUGUGUUCGCGCUUGUGGACUCAGGUGCAACGCAUCCUCUUCGACGAGCAAGAACGGAGGAAGAAUGGCGAGCAGGUGACAGGGUUACCGUGAACUUGGCAGGCGGAGAAACCGUUGAGCUCAGGAUGAAUGAAGCGGGAACAUUGUUGGUCCCGUGUGCUGGAGCGCCAAGGUCCAGUUCUUCAGCCCCAAUCGUUCCGUUGGGAUCUCUGGUGGGGAUGCUGGGCUAUCGACUAGAAUGGUCGGGGAGUCGGUGCAUGCUGACUAGUCGAGAAGGUGACGUUCUUAAACUACGAGUUCGGGAUGGUUGUCCAGAAAUCACGGAGAGUCAGGCUCUGGACCUCAUUGCCAAGAUCGAAGAAAAGAAGUUGGCUUCGCUAAGGACGGCUACGGGCGAAACCAGAGCGAGAGUGAGAGAGGCAGCAAUCUCGAUGCAGAAAACAUGGUUCGAUCACCUGUUGUCGUACUGUGACAGUGGACUGGGCUCUGAUGCUGUGAAGGCCAUACGGGAAGCCCCGUUCUUUGAAGGUGUUCCACCAGAAGCGCUGUAUGGACUUGCAGAGGCAGUUCCUUGCUCGAAUGGUUGGGACGCAUUGAAGGGACUGAAGCAUCUUAACAGGCGGACGCGAAGGCGACUGUGGAGUUCCAAUCAGUGGGUCUUGCACCUCUAUGCAGGAAAGACCGUCAACCAGGAGAUCCUUUUCCUAGAGCGCCAGGGCUUCACAGUGCUGGAGCUGGAUUUGGAAAGAGGAAAGUCGCAUGAUGUUUGGGACCCGUUGGUUUGGAGGGCAUUGGAGUGGGGUGCGCGGUCAGGAAAGAUAGCUUCUAUCAUUGGAGGGCCUUCACAAGGCACGUUCAUGUUGAAGCGAUCAAUGACCCCUGGACCAGAGGCACUUCGCAGCAAUGAUUUCGUAUACGGCGGGUGGCCUGGACAAUCGGAAAAGGACAAGAACUUGGUCAACCGUCACACGGGCAUGUACGCUAAGAUGUUGUACUUGCAUUCUCUAGCCACGGCUGGAAGGUGCAAGUGGCCGGCUGAGCCAAGUGAUGUGAAGGAAGUCGGUUUGAUGAUCGAGCAGCCGAGUGAUCCUAGAUCCUACCUCAACUACAACCAUCCCCUGGCUCAGGAUUCUGUGAGUUUUUGGAGGACACCUAUGUGGGAGGUCUAUGCGGAAGAGGCGGGGCUGGCUACGUAUUCGUUUGACAUGUCUUCCUUGGGAAAGGCGCUGGAGAGGCACACCACUAUAGGUACCAAUCUUCCGCUUCGCCAUUUAGAUGGACUAAAAGGUCGAGUUCAGGAUGAUCCCUUUCCCCCAGAAAGGGCUUCACCGUCAGUUUGGUCAAGGGAGUUCUCAGAGGUCGUAGCUAUUGCAGUGAGGUCCCAGCGGUUGGCGCCACGGAUGCUGAGAAUGUCAACGGAGCAAUGGAAAGAGCACGUGAGAAAGGGUCAUCUACCUUAUCGAGCAGAUUGUACAACAUGCGUGACGGCAGGGGCCACAGGUAGACGGCAUGCUCGUGUAGAACAUCCCAGUUGCUUCGUGAUGUCAGCAGAUGUUAGUGGUCCACUUAAAGUCCCCGGGAUUGAUGCAGAUGCACGUGGAGCUUUUCCCAGGCCACACAAGUAUAUGUUCAUUGCCAAAGUUCGAAUACCCAAAACGUUCGUGGACGAUGGACGUGGAGUUGGUUUGGACUACGACCCUGGCGAAAUUCAAGAGGACCUCCCACCAGGUGAAGACGCUUUUGAUUAUGAAGGUCCCUCAGAACGUGAAGGGGCUCCUCCCCCAGAUGGUGACGGUGAAGGAAUCCAGGAGGAGGAUGUUGAGGAGUCAGAUGAGCCUGGUGAAGGAAGGAAGCGUCGAGGAGAUGAUGAUGUGGAUGUAGCAGCACCAGAGCUCGUCAACCUGAUUUUCGCUUCGGGACUGCAGGACAAUAAAGGAUCCACGGUGUUGGAAGCAGUACAAGAUGUUGUUUUGUAUUGUGCCGCGCUCAACAUCCCGAUUGUGAGAUUUCAUUGUGAUCGUGGAAUGGAAUUCUAUGCCAAGUCCACUAGGCAAUGGAUAAAGAAUCAGGGAAUCCGGUUCACUACUAGCGAAGGUGGACUACAUCAACAAAAUGGUGCGGUCGAGAAUGCGGUGAAGUAUGUGAAGCAGAGGGCGAGGACCCUCCUGAUAGGAGCAAAGCUGCCGCAGAAGCUUUGGCCACAAGCUGUGGCAAUGGCUACAGCUUCUCAGCGCGCUACGGUGCUGGGCAUGGAAACCAAGCUUGUGGCUCCGUUCGGGACGAAGGUUUUGGUUCGACGACGAGAAUAUGGUGGAAGCGCGGAGCCUGGGAAGCCUGAUGAUUUGAGUCCGCGGUGGAUAGAAGGCUCCUAUGUGGGGUUGUCUGAUACUCUCCGCCGAGGCCAUGUUGUGUAUGUGUCCAAUGAAGAUGGGGAGAAGUUCAUACACACAGUGCAUGUUCGGGCUCAUGUGGUGGAUCCUGGUCUACCUGAAGGUGAAGUGGAAGCUGAUCUACCGGGACCUCCGAGCAAAAGGGUUUUAGAAAAGGCUCGUGGCAGUGGGGAUGUGGUCUCAAUUUCCAAAUCCAAUCCGGUGUUCGGAGAUGAAAACCUUAAGAACGAGAUCAACCGGGUGUUGGAACACUGGGAUGAGGAGGAGGCGCACAACCUGGCCGUUCAAGUAGCCUUGAGCCUAGGUGAAGGAGACCGAAAGUUUGGGGUGUUUCGUCAUGGAGGCUCUGUUGGACUUACAAAGGUAACGUAUGACAAGCCGUGGGGAGCGGAACUGUUGGUGAGAUUGAUGCGAGAAAGGAGUCCGGAGGCAGAGUUUUCGGCAUUGUACGUGUCAGUCAACACCACCAAGGAAGUCCACAUCGAUGUCAACAACCUUGUCGGGAAGAACAAUUUUGUAUAUCCUUUGGUGUUGCCCCGUCGAGGAGGAGAUCUGUGGAUUGAGCUUGGAGACGGCGACGUGGUACGAGGCAAGGUGAUUGAGAUGAUCGAUCAUAAAGGGUCUCCUCGCUAUGGGUGUGUUCAGCCGCUGACGGAGAGGAAGCCUUUUGCCUUUAACCCACACCGAAGGCAUGCAGUGAUACCUUGGAAAGGAUUGCGAGUUGUGCUGAUUGGCUACACUCCAGGAGUUCCGCAAAACCUCAAGGGUCCUGAACGGCAAGUCUUAGCUGCAUUGGGGUUCCCAGUCCCAGCCGAUCUAUACGAUCAAGAGCCUACAGUUGCUGUGAGAGUUUUGUCAGCGACCAAGAUUGACAAAGAGAAGGUGAUAGAGUCUGAGGAGGAGAAUGGUGAGAGCAGUGGCAAUUUAGAAGAAAUCCCUACUUCUAGUGGGGAACCGCUGUUUGUCCCAGGAUCAAAUCUACCUCCUGGCCUUCCACAAGGUGAUGAUGGUGGACCGCAACAAGUCGAGCAGGAGGAGUGGAGCUUGUGGGAUAUGUUCAUUCCUCUAGGAGAUGGUGAUCCGGAAAGCGUUCCCAAGGCGAUGAUUGCGUCGUGUGAUGGGCAUCCUCAGCUGUGUAAGAAUGAAGUUGUGUACACCAAGAACAUAGAGUCGCUGUUGAGCUCACUUACGGGGCCGUUGGACAUCGUGCAUACAGUAGACCCAGCAGAGGCACUGGAAUGUAUUGAGCACUGGUUGCCAGCAAUAGGCAAAGAAAUGGGUUCGUUUGAGCCAGCAGUGUUGAAAAGGAAGAUGUCAGACCCUGCAGUUCAGAAGGACUUGCGAACUGGAGCUGCUCGAUUGGUGCCGAUGAAGAUCGUGUAUACAGCAAAACCCCCUACUGAGGUAGAGAUCGAGAGCCAGGAGUGGUUUCGGCGGAAGGCUAGAAUUGUUGCUUGUGGCAAUAUGAUGCAAGAGAGUGGACAAGAAACCUUUGCGCCUACUGCCCCUGCUGAAGUUGUCAGGAGCUCACUAGCUAUAUCCAGCCAAGAAGGCUGGGACGCAGCUAUCCUGGACAUCACGAGCGCAUUCCUUCUGACUCCAAUCAGUGCCGAAAGAUGUGGCUACAGAGUCAUAGGGCAGCCACCCCGGGCUCUCGUCCGGGCCGGGCUAUGUGAGCCCGAUGAACUUUGGGAAUUCACGAGAGCAGUCUACGGACUAAGAGAAUCGCCUAAGUGGUGGGGCGAUUACAGAGAUGAACAAGUUGCUCGUUUAGUCAUUGAGCUUGAUGGACAGCGCAUUGAACUGAUGAGGUGUCGUGUUGAAGCCAGCUGGUGGAAAGUUGUUCAGGGAGCAACCUUAAUAGGGCUGUUGGUGAUCUAUGUCGACGAUAUCCUCAUAUGCGCGCUACCUCCAGUCAUCAAGGCUGUGGCGAAGGCAAUACAGGCAUUGUGGCGUACAAGCGCACUGGAAUUUGCCUCAGAAGGUCGCAUCAGAUUCUUGGGAAUUGAAAUCGAGAAGAUACCUGAUGGGUUUGCGUUAAGCCAGCAGUCUUAUAUUGCCGAGCUCGUCAGGACCCAUGGAGUGAAAGAAACCCAAAGGGAUUUGAUUCCCGUGAGCCGCGACCUUGCAAGGUUUGAGUCAAGUCCAGAUGAGGCAGUGUUUUCUACCGAAGACCUCAGGGAAGCUCAGCGCUAUGCGGGAGAGAUUUUGUGGAUGGCCCAGAGAACUCGUCCGGAUAUAUCUUAUACAGCAUCCCUGGUCGCUUCCCUAAGUUCGAGAGCACCCCGGAGGGCAUCGAUGAUCACUAGAAAGGCUAUUGGGUUUUUGCAAAGAACUGCAGAGUAUCAGCUUGUGAUCCAGUCAGAGGGGAGUCAGUUAACUUCGUGGAGUGAUGCGAGUUAUGCCCCAGAAGGAACGAGAUCCCACACCGGGAUUUUGAUCGAGCUGGGGUCAGCACCUCUGGCAUGGAAAUCGUCAAGGCAAUCGCUAGUAACGCUGUCUACAGCUGAGGCGGAGCUGGUGUCGGUUACCGAGGGCGCACUAAUCAUGACGAACAUUGCUGCGAUGAUAGAAGAGCUUGGAUGGAAGAAGUUGAUCAAGCUUCUGAAGACUGAUUCUACAGCGGCGUUGGCAAUUCAGAAAGGGAGUGGAUCACAGCGAACCAGACAUUUGAGGAUUCGCUCCAGUUGGGUUGCUGAAAGGAUCGACGAAGGCGACUUUGAAGCUGAGCAUUGUGCUGGAGAAGGUCAGCUAGCGGACGCGCUAACGAAGCCUUUGUCGUCUUCAAGACUGGCACAGUUGUCAAAGUUGAUUGGGCUAUGGAAUCGAGAGGAGCUUCGAGGCUAUGUUGCUCAAUCCGCUGCAAGCGAGCUCAGGACUUGUCCAGAGCAGAAAGUUCAGCAGGUCAUGGAGAUCGAGCUGAAACUUCCGGGCGAGUACCAAGCACUCCGCUUGGGGGUGCGUACAGAGGUGCGAGUGCCGGAGCAAGUCCAUAUAGAAGGGACCCCAAAGGUCCGAGAGAAGGCGGAAUCGAUGAGAUUCUGCGAAGAGGCGGAAGGCCACUCUACGAUCGUCCUGGUGAAGAGUGGUGAAUGCAAUCGUGCACUGUCGGCACGCUUGAGGAAAGGCAAGGCCGAGAAGGCAGAGAAGAAGGAAAAAGCAGAGCCCAAGGCAAAGUCGGAGCCAAAAGCCAAGGCUGAGCCGAAGAAGGAGGCCGCUCCGGCAGCGCCUGCGGCAGGUGCGAUGGCCAACGGUGGAGGCGAUGUGGAGCAGCAGAUCCUCGCCGUGGGCAACGAGAUCCGCGAGAAGAAGGCCGCGCUGAAAGCCAGCGGCCUCUCCGGGAAGAAGAUCAACGAAGACCCCGAGGUCAAGGCGCUCGUGGAGCGCCUCCAGGCCCUGAAGGCCGGCAGCUAA